UUUUUAAUCGAGCACACUUUCCAACCGUCAAGCCCCUCAUUCAUUGCUCGGUGCUCUCAUUCCACUCGAUCACCCCACUCCCACUGGCACUCCCCCCCAAAGAAGACUCUCUCUCCUUCUUUCCGUCCUUCUUAUGUAUUCCCUUCCAGCCUCCCACCACCUGUCCAGCAAUAUAUCGGAGACCAUCAAUCGAUUCGACCUACCGUUAUCUCUCUCUCUCUUCUUCAGCUCAUCACCAUCGAUCGAUACUCCCUCAUCACCCUCUCACCGCCCUGACUCCCAGCCAGAAGUACAAAUAUCAUCAUCAAUAUAACUAUCCGCCCAACCUUGACUCGAUCUGAAACACUCGCCGCCUAACCUCAGGAUGACCUCCAUACGCUGGAGCUCCAUCACUUUCACAUCCUUCUGCCUCCUCCUCCAACUCCAACCCUCACUGCCUUCACCAACAACAGCCAACACCACCCUCAUCACCCCAUCAACCCAAUCAAAACCAUCGCCAAACAUAUUACCAUCAUCAUCAUCAACUUCAAGCCAUCAAUUGCCGAUCGGUUGGUUUAGUUCCGAUAGAGUGUUGAACAGACUAGUCAAGCGCCAGCUAUCAUCUCAAACAGAACAAUCUGCUCAUCAAAAACAACAAACACCUCAUUCUCGCGUCAAUCAGGAUCAAAAUCGGGAAAAUCUUCACCAAUGGUCUCCCAGACACAUCGCUGACGCCGAGUUUCGAAAUAAUAGCUUGUCUGCAGGCGCUAUCAGUCUGGAACACUCCCAUGACGAACUUUUGAAGAUCCUCCCAGAGGCCCACAGCCUGAACCUAGCUCUCGUAUUGAUCCCUGCUUUCAUCGUCAGCUUUGGCUUCUUCUCGGCGUUCAUCAAGGAGAAACUUGACAUUGCAGAGUCAAUCAUCUCAGUGUUCUUUGGUAUCCUUCUCGGGCCAUAUGUCACUGGACUCUUUGAUCCGCGCUCGUGGAAUGAUGGCCACAGUUUCAAUCAGCUGACACUCGAGCUAUCCCGGAUCGUGAUUGCGCUGAGUGUCUUCGCCGUCGGGCUCGACCUGCCAAGGGCAUACAUGUUUCGUCACUGGCGGAGCUUGGCUUGGCUGAUUGGCCCAGCAAUGCUCUUUGGCUGGCUCAUCAGUGGCGCCUUGAUCUAUGCACUCGUCCCUGCACUCACUUUCGUCCAAGCCCUCGUCGUCUCUGCCGCCGUCACACCUACCGACCCCGUCCUCGCCCCCUCCGUCGUUGGCAAGAGUAAAUCGGCUCAGAAACAUGUGCCCGCUCAUCUCAGAUAUCUCCUACAGGCUGAAUCAGGCUGUAAUGAUGGUGCUGCCUUCCCCUUCUUGUAUUUGUCAAUCUUCCUCCUUAUCAGAGAGGAAACCUCAAUUGGAUCUGUCAUCGGAAAAUGGCUUCUAUUGGUUGUGCUCUAUCAAGUCAUUCUAGGAACCUUCAUUGGGAUUGUUGUUGGAAUCUUAGCACGAAAGAUACUAAAGUUCUGCAACAAUCAAUCACUGAUCGACAAGGAAUCAAUGGUUGCUAUCCAUGUGGCCCUUGCGCUCUUGACCACCGGUGUUGCCGCCCUAGCCGGCUGUGACGACCUCCUCGCAGCAUUUGCUUGUGGCACAGCCUUUGCAUGGGAUGACUGGUAUACAGAUUCCAUAGAGGCUUCCAACUUUGCAGCAAUCCUCGAUGUGCUGAUUAAUUGUACUACUUUCUUGUAUAUUGGGGCGACAAUCCCAUUUUCUUCCUGGAAUGAUCCAACUUUAAGCUUAGUCCCAUGGAAACUUGUGGUGCUUGGAAUUUCGAUCAUGCUUCUCAGGAGGUUGCCCAUCGUGAUCAUGCUGCAGAGAGUUGUGCCAGACUUGAAAACUCAUCGUGAAGCUAUUUUUUCUGGCCAUUUUGGACCAAUUGGUGUUGGUGCAAUUUUUGUCAGCAGUGUAGCAAUCUCAAAGCUCCCAACGCCUCAGAUCCCACCCCAAACGAGCCUUGAUGUCCUCGCCUUGACAGCUCAAUCGCUGAUCUAUCUCCUCGUCUUGUUUUCGGUAACCAUCCACGGCCUCUCGAUCCCACUCUUUGUGCUUGCCAGGAAGUUGCGCUCGAGUGUGCCAACGAUGACAAGGACUUUAGCCCAAGCCUCCGGCCGUGAACUCAGUUGGUCAAUUCGUACCAAAGCCCUCCAUAGAUCUCCCCCCAGCAAUGACCUUGAAACACCACGAUUCGAGCUGAAAGAACUUGAUAAGCCACUUCCUGUUGCACCGAAUCAAGACUCCACAGAUUUCAACCAGUCAAACCAACAAAGGAUAUUGGAUGAGUCAACCAUGCACGGUGUUGUUGGAGAUCAUGCCAAGAUUCGGGAGCUCUCAGAUUCACAACCAGGGCAGCCUCUUGAGGUCCUUCCAUCAUUAUCAGCUUACCACAAUCCGGAAGCUAACAAUCGACCAACACCCCCGGUUCGGGCCAGCCUUCUCCGUCUGGGAUCACGGAUCAAGCGAACAACAGCAGAGGGCCAAGCUGAGAAAAUCACAUCAGAUUUACCCGUUCGGCCAGAUCCAUCCAACCUAAACCCCUCACAAGAUUGGACACGCAAUUCCGCACUCGGUAACCUGGUCCCACCACUCAAUAACGGUGCACAGACUGAGGCAUCGUCAGCGGUCACCAGCGCAAUCAUCAAGAGGGAGCUGUCCAGUGAAGGAUCUGCGAGAAAAUAACUUUGAAAACCAUUGCAAGAUUAUAGAUAAGACAUUCUCAGCCCCCAAUCAUAAAUCAACAUGCCCCUCACCCGCUGGAUAAGUUUCCACUCUUCCUAGAAUUUUCUAAGUAUACUCUAUCUUUGUCUCUAUGCUCAAUUUCUAUAAUCACUUUUUUUUUGAGUAAUCUAUUUGUUCUCUUAGGAACUUGUUGUUCUAUGUACUUUUACUGCUCAGUAUAUUCUAUAAAGAUGUAUUUCUAUAACAGGUGGUAUGAAAGAAAGCAGCAAUAGACGGCUCUAUUGAU